UUCACUACUAAAUAGAGUCAGAUGGUGAAAGGGCCACCGUGACAGGUCUGCAAUCAAGAAGAGAGAAGCUGAAAGUUCUUGGAAAAGAGAUAAACUUCUCAUCAAAACACAACGUGUAAUUCUUGUCACGCUUAAAUUACAAUAAAUAUAAGAUAUGGAAGACUUUACCGUUGAGUUAGACCCAGAAACUCAACUUUAUUGUACGUUGUAUCUAUUUAUCAAUGUGACGAAUGUCCACGAAAUACGUGAAAAAAUUGUAGGUGGUAAACUAUAUUGUUGCGUAACGAAAGCUUCUCUCAUGGUAGACGCUUUACAAGCAGUGAUAGCUGUCAAUAAAGCUGUCCUGAACGCUAAGCGAAAUUGUAUGACCACCAAACAUGUGUAUACAGAAAUCCUGUUUUGCUUGUCGUUGUCCAAAAAUAUAUCACGCUCUUUGAAUGAAUUCGGUAUCAGUGACAGUGACAAGAAUAUCGUAGUGAUAUUGAUACACAAGCACGAUGAAAAACAGACAAUAUCAGCAGAUAUCUUGGAUAGUAUUAAAGGUGAAAGAAUACCUGUUUCCAAGAUACAGGAGUUUACUGAUUUAGAUCUUAUAAAGAAAACUUACAAAAUCAACGAGGACGAGUUGCGUAUUUCUAAUAUUACUGAUGCCAUUGUAUCAAGAAUUAGUUGCAAAGAUUUUAUGUUAAUAAAGUGAAGAUUAAGAAAUAAAGCAAAGCAAUAUCUUUGACAUAUAUAAAUACAAAUUGUUAUUAAGAUGGAAAACUUUAUUUCAUAUAUAGUUUAAGUAUAUAUAGAAUAUAUAAUACAUAUUUAUUGGCCAAUAAAAACAACUUGUGUACUUGCA